AUGGCGACGAUGCAGACGGGGAUGAAGACGACGGGCGCGCGCGCGAACGCGCGCGCCGGGCGGGCGAACGAGCGAACGAAGGGGACGAUGAGACGCGCCGAGCGGGCGGCGGCGCGACCGUCGAGAGGAUUGUACGCCCUGAACGCGCGCGCGGUGGCGGAACCGGAGACGUUUGAGUACCAGGCCGAGGUGCACCGAUUAAUGGAUUUGAUCGUGAACUCGCUGUACAGCAACAAGGACGUUUUCCUCCGCGAGCUCGUGUCGAACGCGAGCGAUGCGUGCGACAAGCUUCGAUUCGUCUCCCUGAGCGAUUCGAGCGCGAUGCAAGCGGGCGAGGAACUGCGCAUUAAGAUUCGCGGUGAUCCGGAGUCGAAGACGCUCACGAUCGAGGACAGCGGUAUCGGCAUGAGCAGAGAUGAUCUUGUCUCUUCGCUCGGUACGAUUGCGCGCUCUGGAACCGCCAAAUUCAUGGAGAUGCUCAAGAGUCAGAGCGACGGCGAAAACUUGAUCGGCAAAUUCGGCGUCGGUUUUUAUUCAGCCUUCUUGGUUGCGGACAAGAUCACGGUGUUCACGAAAGCGGCCACCGGAGACGAUAAGACGUGGAUGUGGGAAUCCGAGAUCAACAGCAGCUCGUACACCGUCAAGGAAGCUGACGAAGCGAUGUCUCGGGGCACGAAGAUCGUCUUGCAUCUCAAGGAGGGGUGCGAAGAAUUCGCAUCUGGGGACAAGCUGCAGUCGCUCGUGAAGACGUACAGCGAGUUCAUCUCUUUCCCGAUCGACGUCUGGGCACAGAAGAACAAGGAAAAGGAAGUUGUCGAUCAACAGUCGACGGAUGCCCUCAAGGAGGCUUGGACGAAGAAGAAGAUCGAGGCUGAGGCCAAGGGUGAGGAGUUCACCGAGCCCGAGCCGCAGCCGGUGACAAAGAAGGAGUUCGAGCAAGUGGAAGAGUGGACGACGGCCAACAACGACAAGCCCAUCUGGGUGCGUUCGCCCAAGGACGUCGAUCAAGAAUCCUACAAUGAAUUCUUCAAGGCCACGUUCAAGGAGUUCCUCGAUCCACUCGCCCACUCCCACUUUGCCGUUGAGGGUGACAUCGAGUUCCGCUCCAUCCUCUUCGUCCCGGGUAUGGCUCCAUUCGAGCAGCAAGACAUGAUGUCUAAGUCCAAGGCGAUCAAGCUCUUCGUUCGACGUGUGUUCAUCUCUGACGAGUUCGACGACUCGCUGUUACCGCGAUACCUCACCUUCGUCCGAGGCGUCGUGGACUCUUCCGACUUGCCGCUCAACGUUUCGCGCGAAAUUCUUCAAGAAUCCCGCGUCGUUCGCGUUAUUCGCAAGCGCCUGAUCCGCAAGACGUUCGACAUGCUUCGCGAUAUCGCGGAACGAGACAAUGAUGACUACGACACGUUCUGGGAUAACUUUGGCCGCAACCUCAAGCUCGGUGUCAUCGAAGACGCGGACAACCGUAAGGAUUUGGCUGAACUCUUGCGAUUCACCACCUCCAAGAGUAGCGGCGACGGGGAUCUGCGAAGCCUGGACCAGUACGUGAACGACAUGCCGGAGGCUCAGAAAAGCAUCUAUUUCGUCGCUGCCGAUAACAGAGACGCCGCGGAGGCGUCGCCGUUCCUUGAGAAGCUCAAGCAAAAGGGCUUCGAAGUCCUCUACCUGCUCGAUCCUAUUGACGAAGUCGCCAUGGCCAAUUUGGCCACGUUCAAGGAGAAGCCGAUCGUCGACGCUUCCAAGGAAGCGCUCGAUAUGGGCGAUGAAGAUGAAAAAGACAAGGCUGCGCUCGAGGAGCUUGAGAAGGAAUUCAAGGACCUUACGGACUGGAUGAAGGAGACUCUUGGCACGCAAGUUGAAAAGGUGACGGUGUCCAAUCGUCUCACCGACACCCCGUGCGUUCUCGUGACCUCCAAGUUUGGCUGGUCGGCUAACAUGGAACGUAUCAUGAAAGCACAGGCCAUGGGUGACAACCGCGCGUCCGAUUACAUGAAGGGCAAAAAGACGAUGGAAAUCAACCCGAGUUCUCCCGUCAUCGCGCAGUUGCGCAAGCUGAAGGAAGCCGGCUCCAAAGAAGCCACCGAUUCUUGCCAGCUCUUGUUCGACACCGCCUUGUUGACGUCUGGUUUCUCCAUCGACAAGCCAUCCGUCUUCGCCAGUCGCGUGUUCAAGCUCAUGACCGCGCAAGCCGCCGCCGCUGAGAACUCUUCCGACGACGGCUGCAUCACCCCCGAAAUCGUAUGA